AUGGGAAACCUACCGUCGUUUCGUAUUUCCCAAAUCAAGCCAUUUUGUAGAACCGGAGUAGAUUUUACUGGACCCUUCCAGGUAAAAGCAGCAAUGAUUCGAAAAAUAAAUGUCACAAAGGCGUACAUCUGUAUUUUUGUAUGUAUGGUAACAACAGCCGUUCACAUUGAACUAGUUUCCGACCUAUCGACUCCAUUGUUUAUAGCUGCACUUGAUCGGUUUAUUGGACGAAGAGAGAGAUUAUUGGACGAACAGACAUUUAUAGCGAUUGUGGAACGAAUUUCAUAA